UUCGCCAUAGACGUGCGGGCACGGCGGCGCUGCCGGAGGAGAUGCAGGCGACGGGGAGGGGAUGGACGAGGAGGAGGGCGCAGCCUCAGACGCUCGCGGGGACAGGGGCGCGCGAAGCAGUUCCUACUUGAGCUCGACGUCGAGGUUGCCGGGGCGGAUGGCGCUGGUGUCGGAGACGAGCGGGACGAGGACUUGGCGCAGCUACGGGAAUCGAGCGCGGAGGAGCCGGGGAUGGCGGAUCCAGGCGCGCACGGCAAGAGUUUGGCGAUGGCGGCUUCCUCCUUGCGGCUCCUGCACGGGCGUACCUGGGAGAGAGAGCAUGAGAGGGAAAGGCAACAGGAGAAGAAAGGGAAAGGAAGGAGAGGCGCGAGCGUGGCUGUCCUGCUGGUGGCUGCUAGCAGAACUGCUCGCUGGGGACGACGGCAGGGAGCUAGAGGAGAGGCGCGGGACUUGGAGAAGGGGCACGGCAUGGAGGAGCUCGGGAGGGUGCUGCUCUCCCUGGAUCAGACGCGGGAGGCUGCAGGGGCGCUCGGAGUCGAGGUGGGAGAUGGAUUGGUCCGGUGGGGAAAACGAGGGAAGGAGAGAGGGUGGAUCUGGAGGGAUCCCG